AUGCUGCGAGCCACGACACUCACCGGGGAGCCGGCCGCAGCCGCGCCGACAGCCAGCACAACCACGACCACAACCACAACCACAGCCGCAAACCCACCCAAACCCAUCCCCGAAGAAGAAAGCUACAAGCUCCGCUUCUGCACCGUCUGCGCGUCGAACCAAAACCGCUCAAUGGAAGCGCACCUGCGGCUCUCAACCGCAACACCGUCACCAUUCCCCGUGAUCUCCUUCGGAACAGGCAGCCUGGUGCGACUACCGGGGCCUUCGAUAAACCAACCGAACAUCUACCACUUCAACUCGACGAGCUACGCCCAGAUGUACGAGGAGCUGCAGGCGAAGGACGAGCGGCUGUACCGGUACAACGGACUGCUGAACAUGCUGGACCGGAACCGCAACCUGAAAUGGGGACCGGAGCGGUUCCAGGACUGGGUGCCGGGUUUGCCGCGCGUGGACCACGUCAGUAAAGGGGACAAGGGCGCGCACGGCACCGAGGGCGGCGUCGUCGAUGUCAUCAUCACCUGCGAGGAGCGCUGCUGGGACGCCGUCGUCGACGACCUCAUGGCCAAGGGCGCCCCGCUCAAUCGGCCCGUUCACGUCUUCAACGUCGACAUCAAGGAUAAUCAUGAGGAGGCCCUCGUCGGCGGUAAGGCGAUUCUCGAUCUCGCGAAUCGGCUGAAUGAGGCGGCGAGGCAGGAGCGCCGUGCUGCGGCGGCUGCGGCGGGGACGGGGACGGGGACGACGACGGCCGAAGCUGCAGAUGCGGAAUGGGAGAAUGGUACCGGCGAUGCUAGGAGGAAUUUCGAUGAGCGCGUGCCGGAGAUUCUGGCCGCUUGGCAAGAGAAAUGGCCGCAUUUGCCGGCGCUGUGGACCUUGGCCUGGUUGUAG